AUGACCCUCCAUAUAGGUGUGGUGACAGUCCAUAUAGGUGUAGUGACAAUCCAUAUAGAUGAAAGGACACUCCAUAUAGGUGUGAUGACAGUCCAUAAAGGUGAAAGGACACUCCUUAUAGGUGCGAUGACAGUCCAUAUAGGUGAAAGGACACCCCAUAUAGGUGUGAUGACAGUCCAUAUAGGUGUGGUGACACUACAUAUAGGUGUGGUGACAGUCCAUAUAGGUGUGUUGACAGUCCAUAUAGGUGUGGUGACAGUCCAUAUAGGAGUAGUGACAAUCCAUAUAGAUGAAAGGACACUCCAUAUAGGUGUGAUGACAGUCCAUAAAGGUGAAAGGACACUCCUUAUAGGUGCGAUGACAGUCCAUAUAGGUGAAAGGACACCCCAUAUAGGUGUGAUGACAGUCCAUAUAGGUGUGGUGACCCUCCAUAUAGGUGUGGUGACAGUCCAUAUAGGUGUGUUGACAGUCCAUAUAUAUGUGGUGACAGUCCAUAUAGGUGAAAGGACACUCCAUAUAGGUGUGAUGACAGUCCAUAUAGGUGUGAUGACAGUCUAUAUAGGUGUGGUGACAGUCCAUAUAUAUGUGGUGACAGUCCAUAUAGGUGUGAUGACCGGCCAUAUAGGUAUGAUGACAGUCCAUAUAGGUGUGGUGACAGUCCAUAUAGGUGUGGUGACAGUCCAUAUAGGUGUGUUGACAGUCCAUAUAGGUGUGGUGACAGUCCAUAUAGGUGUGGUGACAGUCCAUAUAGGUAAAAGGACAGUCCAUAUAGGUAAAAGGACAGUCCAUAUAGGUGCGAUGACAGUCCAUAUAGGUGCGAUGACACUCCAUAUAGGUGUGGUGACAGUCCAUAUAGGUGGGUUGACAGUCCAUAUAGGUGAAAGGACACUCCAUAUAGGUGUGGUGACAGUCCAUAUAGGUGCGAUGACAGUCCAUAUAGGUGCGAUGACAGUCCAUAUAGGUGAAAUGAUAGGUGUGCUGACAGUCCAUAUAGGUGUGGUGAUAAUCUAG